GCUGUCACUCCCGGGCGGUUUCCCUGUGGCCGACGCUCGGCUGGGGGCGGGAGGAAGAGGGGCCGGCCUGGGGCCUGACGAGCCGCCGCUGCCGCCGCCGUCUUCGCGGCUGCUAUGACCAGCGGGCGAGCCGCCCUCCGCAGCUCCGCGCAGCGCUAGUCGCGGCCGUGCGCCCGCCGUAGCUGUCCGGGUCCCCAGCGCAGCCGCUCCCGCGGCUCUCUCGGCUCUUCCAGCGCCGCCUUCGAGGCGAGUCGGAGGCAGGAUGAAGAUGACGGUGGAUUUCGAAGAGUGUCUGAAGGACUCGCCCCGCUUCAGAAAAGAUGAAAUGUUGAAUUGAAGAACCUCUAAGAUAAAGUUUCAGAUUCUUUGGGUAUAUGAUUACAGAGGGCUUUACUUUUAAAUGCAGGGCUGCUUUGGAAGAAGUAGAAGGAGAUGUGGCAGAAUUGGAAUUAAAACUCGAUAAGCUUGUGAAACUUUGUAUUGUGAUGAUUGAUACCGGAAAGGCCUUUUGUGUUGCAAAUAAACAGUUCAUGAAUGGGAUUCGAGACCUGGCACAGUAUUCUAGUAAUGAUGCUGUAGUUGAGACGAGUUUGACCAAGUUUUCUGACAGUCUUCAAGAAAUGAUAAAUUUUCACACAAUCCUAUUUGACCAAACUCAGAGAUCAAUUAAAGCACAGCUUCAGAACUUUGUUAAAGAAGAUCUUAGAAAAUUCAAAGAUGCCAAGAAGCAAUUUGAAAAAGUCAGUGAAGAAAAAGAAAAUGCAUUAGUAAAAAAUGCUCAAGUACAAAGAAACAAACAGCACGAGGUUGAAGAAGCCACAAACAUUCUGACAGCAACAAGAAAAUGUUUUCGACAUAUAGCCCUCGACUACGUACUUCAGAUUAAUGUCCUUCAAUCAAAAAGGAGAUCAGAAAUCCUAAAAUCAAUGUUAUCUUUUAUGUAUGCCCAUUUGGCCUUCUUCCAUCAAGGGUAUGAUCUAUUUAGUGAACUUGGGCCCUACAUGAAGGAUCUUGGUGCACAGCUGGAUCGACUGGUUGUGGAUGCAGCAAAGGAGAAAAGAGAGAUGGAGCAAAAACAUUCCACCAUUCAACAAAAGGCUGCAUUACAGGAUUUCUCCAGUGAUGAUUCUAAGUUAGAAUAUAAUGUAGAUGCUGCAAAUGGCAUUGUUAUGGAAGGAUAUCUGUUCAAACGAGCCAGCAAUGCCUUCAAAACUUGGAACAGGAAAAAGCCCGAUCAUAUCAGACGCUGGUUUUCAAUACAGAACAAUCAGUUGGUUUACCAGAAAAAGUUUAAGGACAACCCCACUGUCGUAGUGGAAGAUCUAAGACUCUGCACAGUGAAACACUGUGAAGACAUAGAACGACGUUUCUGCUUUGAGGUAGUCUCUCCAACAAAAAGUUGUAUGCUUCAGGCAGAUUCUGAAAAGCUGCGCCAGGCAUGGAUUAAGGCUGUCCAGACCAGUAUUGCUACUGCUUAUAGAGAGAAGGGGGAUGAAUCAGAGAAGCUGGAUAAGAAAUCAUCUCCAUCCACAGGAAGCCUGGAUUCUGGAAAUGAGUCAAAAGAUAAAUUACUGAAAGGAGAAAGUGCCCUGCAGCGAGUCCAGUGCAUUCCUGGCAAUGCCAGUUGUUGUGACUGUGGUCUGGCAGAUCCACGCUGGGCCAGCAUCAACCUGGGCAUCACCCUGUGUAUCGAGUGUUCGGGGAUUCACCGGAGUCUUGGAGUUCAUUUUUCAAAAGUGCGAUCUUUAACUUUAGACACCUGGGAGCCUGAACUUUUAAAGCUUAUGUGUGAGUUGGGAAAUGAUGUUAUAAAUCGAGUUUAUGAAGCUAAAGUGGAAAAAAUGGGAAUAAAGAAACCACAACCAGGACAGAGACAGGAGAAAGAGGCAUAUAUCAAAGCAAAAUAUGUGGAGAGAAAAUUUGUGGAUAAAUAUUCUGUAUCAUCAUCACCUCCUGAGCAGGAAAAAAGGAUUGUCUCCAAAAGUUGUGAAGAAAAGAGGCUGAGCAUUUCUAAACUUGGGCCAGGUGACCAAGUCAGAGUACCUCCCCAAAGUUCAGUCAAAAGUAAUGAUAGUGGAAUCCAGCAGAGCUCUGAUGAUGGAAGAGAAUCUUUACCCUCCACAGUGUCUGCCAAUAGUUUAUAUGAGCCUGAGGGAGAAAGGCAAGAUUCUUCUGUGUUUCUCGACUCUAAGCAUUUUAACCCAGGACUCCAGCUUUAUAGGGCCUCGUAUGAGAAAAAUCUUCCUAAAAUGGCUGAGGCUUUGGCUCAUGGUGCAGAUGUGAACUGGGCUAAUUCAGAGGAAAAUAAAGCAACACCACUUAUUCAGGCUGUAUUAGGGGGUUCUUUGGUGACCUGCGAGUUUCUCCUACAGAAUGGUGCUAAUGUGAACCAGAGAGAUGUGCAGGGGCGGGGCCCACUGCACCAUGCCACUGUCUUGGGACACACAGGGCAGGUAUGUUUAUUUCUAAAACGAGGUGCCAAUCAACAUGCCACUGAUGAAGAAGGGAAAGACCCUUUGACUAUCGCUGUGGAAGCAGCCAAUGCUGAUAUCGUGACCUUGUUACGUUUAGCAAGAAUGAAUGAAGAGAUGCGGGAAUCAGAAGGACUUUAUGGACAGCCAGGAUCAUUCAGUCAAGCAUGUCUGCAUCAAAGUGAGAGCCAGCUGUCCUGCCUGCCUGAAGAAUAUGUCUUUUCUUUAGCUUCCCUAAUGAUUUUUGGUGGUCCAAAAUUUGUUCUGUUUUGUUUUGUCUUCUGGUAUCCUAGCUAUCAUACACACAAUAUGUAAUUUAAUUCUCAGAGCUAGAGAAUAUGUUUCCUCCAUUUGCUCAUAAAUGUAGUGAUACUUCUGAGAUGUCUGGUUAUUGUCCUGUACUUUAACAUACAUGUAAUGGCUGUACAAGUAGACAUAACUCCGUCUUUUAGAUUUAUUCCAUUUUAUGAAGCAAAAAGAAGCCCUUAACAAUUUUUUUUUUAAAUAACCAAAAGAAUCCUUACUUAUAGAAGUUGUAGUCCUUCAUUGUUGGUUUGGUUUCCUAAAACCUUGACGAAUUUAUUGAUGUAAUAAAACUGUGUUUCAAAGGUUACUUGAAUGUUGAAAAAUUAUGCUUUUAUCAGUUGUAACUUUCAAAGAAUAAGUUGAUUUAUAAAAUAAUGUAGAGUAUUUUUAUAUUUGAAAUUUCUCCUUUUCAAGAUAAUUUUGCUGUUACACUGAGUGAAAGAAAAAUUUCUGUAAAAGAAAAACUCAUGUUUUUCUUAGUGUAUACUAAAAUAUGUAAUGAUAAAUUGCUUUUUAGUUUUUUCAAUAUCUGUCCUGUGUACUUUGUACACAGUAUGUAUAGUAUUUUUAAUUUUACCAUCUAUAGAUCUUUAGUAGUUGGUUAUAUGAAACACUGAUCCUUGAAUUCCAAAACAUGGAUCUACUAACUUACACUUAAAUGCUCUAAAUUUGUCUGAUUCCAUCUUUGAUUGACAUAUCUUGUCAGGAGUACAAAAUAAUUAAGUAAUUUGCCUUACGGUUUCUAAUAUUGUCAACAAUUAAGUUUAAUCUUCUUUUAUAAGUUACGUCUAAGUGACAUUGAUACUAAGUUUCUAAAUAUGAGUUUUUAAAAUUUGCGUUACCAAGUAAGUUAGAAAAAUUAUAUUUAAUUUGGUAGAUAAUAAAAUUUUCUAAAAUCCCUCCCUCCAGUAACUAGAGUUUUAUAAGUUGAUUGCUGUCAAAUCAGGAUUUGUCUAAACAGGAAUUAGACUGAAGUUAACUCAUGUCACAGAAAAGUUUCCAUAUUUGGCCAAAUUGUGUGCAUAUAAUGCUUAUUUAGUUAUAAUCACUGUACAUGUACAUUAGAUAAGGAUAAAAUAUAUUUAUGAGUUAUUUCUAAGAAGAUGUUAACUUCCAAAGCCUGUAUUUUAACUGCGACAGUAACAGGAAUAUUAAAUCUUCCCUGUUUCUCACCUCAGAGUCAAAGAUCAUCUGGCUUUGCACAAGUCUGGUCUGUAACAUUUUUUAUUAGAGUAUGCUUUGAAGUUGUCCAAAAAGUUCAAGAAUAAGGAAAUACGUUAAAAAUGAACAGAAAGAAAAAGAGAAGCUCACUUUUCCUUUGUAGUGCCUAUUCGUGUUAAUCGUAGGGCUUCACUUCUAAAGCUCCUAACCUUUAUCUGAGGAAGCUUGAACAGUUUUGCUUUUGGAUCCAGCCGUUGGUGCUUCAGAUCAUCUAUCUCUGGGGUCUCCGGUUGUAAAGGCAAUUCCAUAUGACACUCUUACCUCCUGUGGCUUGAGUCAUGAGUAAUGUGGUAGCAAUUAGUGUCUUAAAUUUAAUGGUUAGAGAUGUAUUUGAAGAUGAUGAUUGUUCUGAAUAUCUUCAGAGAAACUAAAUUUUUAACAGUAUAGGGAGCCUGGCAAUAUAAAAAUACAUUCCUGUGGCUUGAUUUCUUGAAUAUGCCGAGACCCAAUUUGGAUGAAAUUUGGCAGAAAUGAUGCAGUAAAUACAGCAAGGCUUUAAAGUAAAUUAAUAGUUGUAAGUAGUUACAAAGUAGAUUGGCUUUUACCAAGGUGAAUUUAGCUGUGUCAAAUAAUAGCUUUUAUAUAGUAUGUAACAAAUCUGAGUUUUAUUAUGCUGUGAAUGAUUCUCAGUGCAUUAUGAGAAAUUACAGUGUAAACAAUGUUAAUCAUACUUUUGGGCUUCAUAAGUCAGUGUGAUUGCCCUUUGUUUUCUUUCCUUAACUGACCUGCUUAUAUUACUUUCUGAUUCCUUAUCAGUGUUCUGUUAGCUUAUUGUCGCUAGCACAGUAACUGAAAAGCUAGGUUAACAUCAAAAUAAAAGUAGCAGUACUAGGAAGAGCUCAUAAAAUGCAGUCUCCCGCUAGAACUAGAUGAAAGGUAAUUGAGUAGUUAUUUGCAGUAUUGCCUUUCAACACUUUUAUGUUUAAGAUUUCUAAGGUUUUUAAAAAUUACCUUUGGUACAAUCCUUAGAAAUUCAGAAAUUUCCAGGGAUUCAGUACAUUACAGUGUUUACCUAAGUUUUACUGGUCUUCACUGUAGAUUUUAAUGAGCUUUGAUGUUUACUUUCCAAAACAUAUAAUUUAAUUUGGAAUAUGUACUUAGGUUCUUCGUGAGUACAUUUUGAAAAAAAAAAAUUAUACCUUCGCAGCCUGGACAACUUAAGUUUGUGAUGUGUUAUGCAGUAUUUAAAAAAAUAUAAUUUUACACAUGUAAGGUAUGGUGACAAUAAACCAAAUUGUAUUUAAGUCUAGAUUUACUGCUCAUUUUGAAUAAGAACACAUUCCCAUAGCACUCUUAUGUUGUCAUAUUAACUUUUCUGUUUGAUAGCACUUUCGAUCAUGGACAGGAGCAGGAAAAAUGUAUUUUAAUAGAAUCAUUAUGUCCAGAAUGACUUCCACCUGCAUGAUAUAGUGGAAAGAGCACUGACUAGUAGUUACUACCCUUUUUUUAUUCAGAGCUCCUCACAAAUAAAAUGAGUGGGUAAAACCUGGUGAAACUAUAACAACAUACUUUUGUGUACUCUUCUGCUCAUAGUGUACUUUGAGAUUACUCUAUCUCACUGGAUUCUGACAGUAAGACUUCUGCGAUAUGAAUCUAAGAAGGCCAACGUUUCUCUUCUUUGAUCCUGGGCUUCUCCUCUGGUUUUGUAGAGGGAGUCAUUGAUUUGCUGGUUGGUGGUGUAGCUGACACCGGAACCCCUGUCUGACGACUAGUCAGAGGCACUUGACUUGUAUCAUGAAAUGUUUUGAAAUCAUUGUAAAGGAGAAAAAUCUGAUAAUGAUUGCCAGCUUUCCUUGUGUUUUCAUAACAAAGACUCCAAAUAUUCUGGAGAACCUGGAUAUAAAAUUACCUUGAAGGAAUAGAUUAGGAUUUGAAGAUAUUAAAUUGUAGGAAAUAUUCUAUUUUUGUAAUAACAAUCAUUAAUGAAAGCAAAACAUGGUAAGGUGAUUUUAAUUUUCCAUACUUAUCAAAUUCUUGAUACUACCAAAUGAAAGGUAACUAAAAGGGGCUUAGAUUCAGUUUGGCCUAAUCGUGACAUCUAUAAACAUGGUUUUGUAGACAUCCUUUCCCAAUUACAUAAAUUUAUCCACUUAAAAUGAAAUAAUAAGGGGAGGGAAAUACGUUGUGAUUAAAUAAUCUUUUUCUCUGCAUUGGUCUUCUCACUGUCUUAUGUUUUAGAUUUUCUUAUUUUUCCUCAACAACCCCCUGCCUUGGGUGUUAAUUUUAAACAGGGAAAGCUUGCUACAUUAUAAAGAUUUCUGGAACAACUUAUUUUACACAAAGACUGAAGGUUAACUUUUGGAAAUGAUGAGCUACUUUUCUAUAUGUGUUUACUUGUGUUUUCUGGAAUUUCUGGAUCAUUCCAGUCGUAAACACUUAUUACAUGUAAUAUUUCUUGCUACCUGUGAAAAGGCAUAUUUUAAAGAAUGUAUAACCAACACUCCAUUUACUUUUUAUUAGUAUGUAGAGGAUUUGUAUCUAAUUCAUGAAUGUAGUUUUACUGUAGUUUGUCAUUGUAAAUGGAGCAAAAUACAUUAUCUUUAUAGUUAUUCUAAAAUGUACAUUAUGUAAGAAUUGUAAAUAUUAUUCUUGAUUAAAUACUUUGUAUGCUGAAAAAUUAUAAUAAGUCAAUAAAAAUCUCACCUCUGGCAUAA